GAAAGCUUUGCCCGGGGCCUCCUUCGAGCUGCUGCUCCAGGUGCCAAUUGGGGACCUGCCUUGGAGUUAGUUUAUCUUCUUUUUUCCCCCCUCUCCCCCCCCUUUCCAGAAUGAGAGAGUGGUGGAUUCAAGUCGGUCUGCUGAUGGUCCCCCUGGUUGCGGUUUACCUGCACAUCCCGCCUCCCAAGCUGUCUCCGGCUCUGCACUCGUGGCGGUCCUCGGGGAGUUUCUUCACGUACAAAACCCAGAACAUCUUUUUCAGAGAUUCCCCCGGGGCUGUCGGGAGUUCGGACAUUGUGGUUCUCUUGCAUGGCUUUCCGACCUCCAGUUACGACUGGUACAAGAUUUGGGAAGGGCUCACGCAACGAUUUCACCGGGUGAUCGCGCUGGAUUUUGUCGGGUUCGGCUUCAGCGACAAGCCUCGGCCUCAUCAGUACUCCAUCUUUGAACAAGCCAGCAUUGUGGAGGGUCUUUUGCGCCACUUGGGCCUUUUGAAUCAACGGAUCAACCUCCUUUCACACGACUAUGGAGACACCGUCGCGCAAGAGCUGCUCUACAGGUACGAACACAAUAAAACUGGAUGCGUCCUUAUCAAUAGUCUGUGUCUGUCAAAUGGAGGUAUUUUUCCAGAAACUCAUUAUCCCAGAUUCAUCCAGAAGAUUCUCAAAGAUGGUGGUCUGCUUUCACCCAUUAUUACUCGGCUUACAAACUAUUUCUUCUUCGCCAAAAGCCUCGCUGCAGUCUUUGGCCCGUACACCCAGCCUUCGGAGGCAGAAUACUGGGACAUGUGGACAGUCAUGCGAACAAACGAUGGAAACCUCGUGGUGGACAGCCUUUUACAGUACAUCAACCAGCGGAAGCAGCACAGAGAACGCUGGAUCGGAGCUCUUAAAUCCACCUCUGUUCCCUUGCAUCUGAUUUAUGGACCGCUAGAUCCUGUGAAUCCUUACCCAGAAUUUCUUCAGCUUUACAAGCAGGCGGUUCCAAUGUCAACAGUGACGGUACUGGACGAUCACAUCAGCCACUACCCGCAGCUGGAGGACCCACAGGGGUUUUUGAAUGCCUACUUAAACUUCAUCAACUCCUUCUGAGCCACAAGCAAGACGGGUGGAAGAGCAUCCUUUCGUUUUCGUACUCUGGAGCAGUAGGCUGGGCGUGGGAACUGCUGACAAAAACUGGAUGGCAAAGAACCAAACCUCGCAGCAAUCUCCGUCGUGGCGAGUAAGCUUAGGGAAUCAAACAAAUGGACGGGUGGCAGUGGAGGGGCCUAAAGCAGCUUGCAGGGAGCUCCCCCAGUCCUGCCUCUGGAGGAUGCGGUGAGAGGGAGACAAAGUGAAUAAGCAAGCGAGAAAUGAGAAUACUCCUGCUGGAUCAGGCUGAGAUUCAUCUGGACAGCGUUCUGUCUCACGUGGAGCCCUGCAGACGCACCUGGAGACCCACGAAUAGGAAAUCAAGGCAGGCCGCCUCUCCCGUAGUUGCUCCUGUGCCCCUAGCUUGUAGAAGUGGACAGACUCAACACCUGGAGGCAGCCCCCAUCAUCAAAGCUAGUAGCCAUUAAUAGGCCUGCCUCCAGCAAUCGGUCUAGUCCCCUUUUCAACUACCUAAACUAGUGGCCACCACCACAUCUCGUGGACGAUUCUCCUCUUGCUCUUCUGAACGCUGGUCUUGCUUCUCACAUAAGAGUCCCAAGGCUGGAUCAGAUCAAAGGGCCACCAAGUGUGGCGUUUUGCGUCUCAUGGUGGUCCAACAGAGGCAUCCUGGAGCUCACGAGGGAUGGGAGGCAAUCGCCUUCCUCCCCUGCCCCUUCUCAGCCGCUGAUCUUCCAGGGAGGUCUUGUGCCUCCUCUGUAACUUGUCUAAUUCUCUGUCUAAUUUCCUUUUCAGUCCAUUUAAAUUGUUUGUAAACUUCAGAGUGCAACUCUGCAUUCUAUAAAGACAUUCUUUUUAUCAC